UAACAUUGCUGAUCCCAGACCCUAGAGAAGUGGCAAUCCAAUUCCAUUAGAAGAGGACGACGAGUCCCUUCAUCUGAAAUUUCGGUAUCAGCGCCAACUCUCGUGAAGAAAUCACAAUAAAAUGGGAUCUCUCUCAGUUGGCAGUGGCGUAAAGCCAUCCAUCUGGGCUGGCCUUGCACUUAUUCUCUCCGGCGCCAACGCAAUUGUGAUGCCUCGUGGAAGCACUGGAAAAGUCCCAAGCUUGGGAUGGAACUCGUGGAAUGCCUAUCAUUGCGACAUCGACGAGAGCAAAUUUCUGUCGGCCGCCGAAUUGAUUGUGAGCUCUGGCCUUCUUGACGCAGGAUACCAAUAUGUCAACAUCGAUGAUUGCUGGUCAUUGAAGGAUGGGCGUGUUGACGGUCAUAUUGCUCCUAAUACGACUCGCUUCCCUGAUGGUAUAGAUGGGUUGGCCCAAAAAGUGCACGGCAUGGGCUUGAAGUUGGGUAUUUACAGCACUGCCGGAACUGCGACUUGCGCUGGAUACCCGGCCAGUCUUGGAUACGAAGAUGUCGAUGCUACCGACUUUGCAAACUGGGGGGUUGAUUAUCUGAAAUAUGAUAACUGCAACGUUCCUACAGACUGGCAAGAUCAAUACCUGGCCUGCAACCCAGACUUUGUCAAAACUGGCGCAAAUGGUACCUGCAGCACCGCCCUUGAGCCAACUCUUGCUCCUCCAGGAUACGAUUGGAGCACAUCCAAAUCAGCCGAGCGCUUCGGUGCCAUGCGCGAUGCUCUGGCCAAGCAGAGCCACGAGAUUGUGUUGAGCAUGUGCAUCUGGGGCCAAGCCGAUGUCUUCUCCUGGGGCAAUUCCACCGGCAUAAGCUGGCGCAUGAGCAAUGACAUUUCUCCCGAAUGGAGCUCUGUUGCCCACAUCAUCAACUUGAACUCUUUCAAGCUGAACUCAGUUGGUUUCUGGGGCCACAAUGACGCUGACAUGCUCGAGGUCGGCAAUGGCAAUCUGACGCCCGCUGAGACGCGCACGCACUUUGCUCUAUGGGCAGCGAUGAAGUCGCCUCUUCUCAUCGGAACGGAUCUUGCUCAGUUGUCUCAGGAUAACAUCAAUCUGCUGAAGAACAAGCACUUGCUGGCAUUCAACCAAGACAGCGUCUAUGGCAGCCCUGCUACUCCGUAUAAGUGGGGAGUCAACCCUGACUGGACCUUUAACUAUACGAAUCCCGCCGAGUUUUGGGCCGGUCCAUCAGCAAAGGGGCAUCUUGUGCUGAUGAUGAAUACAUUAGACCAUACCGUUACAAAAGAGGCCAAUUGGUCGGAGAUUCCGGGCUUGUCGGCUGGACACUAUGAGGUUCGCGAUGUGUGGACUGACAAGAAUCUUGGCUGUCUCAGUUCGUACAAGGCAGCUGUUGCUUCUCACGAUACGGCAGUCAUUUUGGUUGGUAAAAGGUGUCGAAACUAUUAAAUUUAGUCUGAAGUGCUUUAUUCAAUUGGAGAAUCGAUAAAAU